AAAGCAAUGAGCAAACCACACACACGUUCCGUCACUGCUACACAUGUACGCGUAAAAAGGAUUUAUCUGUUCUCCUUCUCGCUGUGGAAAAAUAGGUUUAUUUGUUAACAAAAUUGGAAAAAUAUAUCCGAAUAUGGAAGAGUUAAGAGAAUACAUAAAUAAUUACCGGUUAAAUAAUAACACGUCCAAGACAAAUUUAAAAAACGUAACGACGAAGUAUUUUAGUAAUAACGAGUUAAUACAUCUUUUGGAAUCAGAUACGUUAUUGGAUAUAAAUGAUUCAUCUAAAAAAUCACAUCUUACGGAAAAGACUAUAAAAAAUAAUGUUGAAGAUCAAGAUAUUCCUAACGUUGUGAAAGUAGCUUUAAACGAUAUAGAAGGAUUAAAUCUUAAGCUCAGAGAAAGUUUUUACUCAAAAUUAAAUAGCGCUUUAUUAAAUAAUUAUGAAAUUACAUUCAAUAAAAAAGACGGCAUAUUUCUAACAAAGUCAAAUAUUUGUGACGUUGCAAAGAAAAUGGAGUAUGAUCUAUUGUUUACAACUAAAGAUCUGGAUUCUUACAAAUUAGCAGGAAGUGGUGCAAUAGUGAAUAUUGAAAAAGAAACUUGCAAAAGAACUCUGUACAAAUCAUUGUGCAAUGAAAUCGACUUGUUAAAACUGCGAAAUAAAAUGCAAAGAUCUGAAGUUAAAAAUACUACAGAGCAGCCAAGCGUUUUUUCAACUAAAGCUUCGUCCUGCAAAGAAUGCGAGUCUAAUGCUGCAGUAAGCGACACAGAGUAUUUUAGUUGUGAAAAUGCUAAUCAUAGUUUAGUUGAAUUCGAACAGAAGAGUGAAAUUUGUACAAUGAAUACUAACACACAAAAUCCAAUUAUCAAUUUACCAAAUGAAAAACAGCUGACAGAAAUUGAAACUACUGAUAGUCAGCUUCGAUUGAUUACAACAAAUAAUAAUGUUUCUACAUGUAACAACAAUGAUUAUAUUGAAAAAAUCCCAACUGUACCGAAGAAUGUUUCAAGUGAAGUACCUAGUAGUAAUGUCAAAGAUUUAGUUCGUACCAAUAGAAUUCUACCAAAGGAAGAGCAAAACGAUAAGAAACAAAAAGUUCAGCGCCAUUCAGAGCCAUCAACUAAAUGCUUGUCUGUGCAGCAGAAUAAAAACUGUAUUAAAAUUUACGGUAAAAAUCCAAAGCUCAUAAAAAGCGAAAUGACUUCAGAAAUGUCCACUACUAAUACUGAUGCCAAUAAUAAAAACAAACAAAAAUAUGAUUCUCACUUAAAUAAUUGUUUACAAGUAAGAUUAGAUGUGAAUGCUGAAAAGAAGAAUGUAACUGUUGCUAAUGAAAAUCAACAGCUUCAACCAGUCAAACUUGAACCAUCGGAUAUUAAAACGAAAUCGAUAUUGAAACUUUAUUUAUCAAGCAGUCGACAUAAUGAAGAACAAACCUUAUCGGAAAAUGUUUCAACGAAGGAAACCAUUCUUCACAAAAAGUGUUCUGAAAUGAGUAUUAAUGGUAAAAUUGAGAAUUCAAUUAAAAAAAAUAGUUCGCAAGAUAGAAUAGAUGAACUUGAAAUUUUUUCAACAAAUAUUACGUGCCAAAUCAAAGACAAAUUAGAUAACUUACAAUAUUCGAUCGUUAUUGACGAUAACAAAUACAUUGAUGAAAAUGUAUGGAACUACUAUGCAGAAAAAAAAAGAAAAUCUGUUUCAGUUGAUAAAGUUUCAAAGAAGUGUUGUAUAAAUAAUGAUUCUACAGGAUCACUUGGUAUUCCAGUUAAUAGCAACAAUAGUAUAGAAGUUACUGCAACAAAUAUAAAGAGGUUUCCCGAUGCUAAUGCAAGUACUGAUACUAACAAUAGCAUUGUUAAAGAGAACAAUUGUCUAAUAGAUGAGGAGGCUUUCGAACUGGAACGAGCCAGACUCAAUAAAUUAUAUGAAGAAAUGGAAAAGUGUUCCGAAGAAAACAAUGUAAACGUUAUUCACAGUGAUUAUGAAAAGGUAUUUGCAAUCAUUAUACCUAUUAUAAGAAAAUACUAUCCAAGCGAGUUCAUCCCUGAUGAAGUAUGUUAUGGCCAUAUUUUACAAAGAUUACAGAUUGACUUGACACAUGCGGACAUGUGCGAUAAUGAUAAAGAAUUUUAUAUUAAGGACUCUAUAAAAACUAGAAGAUACUUAUGUGAGAAUUGUAUUGUCCAGUAACACUUUUAUAGCCAUGAUCAAUCCGCUGUUAUCGUUGUCAUAUCGAACUUGCCAAAAAGUUUUUAUUUUUAUUUUUAUAAUGUGAUCUAGUUUUUCAAUGUUAUAGUAAUUAAAAGUAAAUAUAAUUAAUUUUUUUAUUUUAGUUAACGACACUAGAAAACAUGUCUGUGCUAAUAUGUCCGUUCAUAAAAUAAUCAACCAUAUAAUGUCUUGAUAAAUUCAAUAAGUAGCAGUUGAAAGUUGAUUAAAAACAAAAAAUUAAGCUUGUUCAAAUUUAAUUAACUUGAAAAUACUAUUCACUCUACUAAAAAAUGAGUUUUUUUAAUACGUGCUGAUAAACUUAACAUAUUUUUAUUUAAUAACCUUUUGUAUAAAACUGAU